AUGUCAUUCCUAGAAGAUGGUGAAUAUGAAUUAGACGUAUCCAUACUUUUAGAUAAUCCAUCAACUAACAAUUCCUUCAAUGAUAAUAUUGCUAUUCGUUAUGGAUUUAUACCUGAUUCUAUGGAUCAGUCUAAACCAUUGAAACUAUAUCAACAAGAUCAAACAUGUAUAUUAAAGGCAAUCCUGUCUGAUUCUGACCCAACACCAAUAUUUUUUGAAGGUAUACCACAACGAUAUCAAAUUAAUAAUACUACCAGGAAUAAUAAUGCCAACAAUGAUGCCUAUUAUUUAACAAUAAAUUCUUCAAAUUGUAACACCAACAAUAAAGUAGUUGAAUUGAAAAAAUUGGAUUCAACUAUAAAGUUUAAUAGAAGUAGAAAUGUCACUAAAUUAAAUAAUCAAAUUAAAACUUUGGAGAAACAAUAUCAAGUUCAACAACGACAACUGAAACUAUUGAAAAAUGAUAAUAAUACAAGAACACCAACACCAAAUCUGAACUUAACCUCAAAUUCAUCAAUUAUAUUACCGCCAACCAAAAAAUCAACUCCUAAAACUUCACCCCUUCGAAAACCUACCAAACCAACGGUUACUCCAGUUAGGAAAGUGGCAUCAAAACGUCCUCCUUCAGUUACAAAUACUCCAGAAAUUAAACCUAAAGAAAGUUCAUCAGAACCUAUAAUUAGUGAAUCUGAUUUUGAAGAGUUGGAAAUGGCUGAUAACCUGACAGAAGUUCCAGUUAUUGAAUUCAAUUUUGAUAAUUAUGAUAAUGAAGAGGAAAAAGUGGUGAAUAAAUCAAAAAAUGAAACUACAAAAACUACAAAAGAAGUGAAACAGAAAUCAACAUCAAAACCAAAACCAAAACCAAAACCAAUUGAGGAAACUUCCAAGACAAAAGUGAAAUUACAACCUCGAAAACAGAAAAAACAGAAAAAACCACUUAGUAAUGAAAUUGUUGAUUUGACUGAUGAUUUAGAUGAUGAUUUCAAAGAUUUAGAAGAUCAAUUAGAAGAACUUUUAGAAGAAGAAGAAGAAGAAGAAGAAGAGAAAGAACAACCUCAACCUAAAGAAAACAACUCCGAUCAACCCAUACAAAAGAAACCAUCACCUACUAUAGAAGUUGAUCCAAUAAGUUUUAAUGAUUCUGAUGAAAGUGAUUUUGAUGAUUUCCAUUUUACAGGAAUUAAAAUCGAUGAAGGGAAUAAUUCUUCUACUAAGAAUAAACAUAAUAAUAAUAAUAAUAAUAAUCAUAACCAUAAUGGUAAUGAUAAAUUGAAUUUUAACAAGAAUGUACUGGGAGGUAAACCAAGAAGUUUACGUGAUUUAAUAGGAGGUGGGAAUACUCCAAGUAUAGAUGAUGGAAGUAGUAGUGAAGAAGAAUAA